AUGUCGAAGUUCACGUUGCUACUUCUUCUUGUCUCAGUCGCGUUCACCUUCGCCGAUAUGGACAAUGAUCCAAAUCGAGCACCACCUUGCGAUCCAGCAGUUUGCGUUUUGCCCGAUUGCUUCUGCUCCGAGGCUGGUACAACAAUACCAGGCAAUCUUCCAUCCAAUAACAUACCCCAAAUGAUCACUAUCACAUUCGAUGAUGCCAUUGAUAACAACAAUAUUGACCUCUACAAGGAAAUAUUCAACGGCAAACGUCGUAAUCCAAAUGGGUGUGAUAUCAAGGCAACAUUCUUUGUCUCGAACAAAUAUAGUGAUUACUCCGCCAUAAAGGAAAUGCACAAAAAGGGCCACGAAAUUGCAGUGCGCUCCAUUUCGCACAAUGAUGACGAGACAUUAUGGUCGGAUACAACUGUUGAUAACUGGGGAAAAGAAAUGGCGGAAAUGAGGAAAAUUAUUGAGAAGUAUGCUAAUUUACCCGAAAACAGUAUUGGUGGUCUACGUGCACCGAAUCUUCGAAUUGGUGGUAAUCAUCAAUUCAGAAUGAUGGAGGAGCAGAAGUUCUUCUAUGAUUCCUCAAUUACUUCGACGCUCAACAAUCCUCCAUUGUGGCCAUACACUAUGCACUUCAGAAUGCCUCAUAGUUGUCACGGAGAUUUGCAAAACUGUCCCACCGGGUAA